AGCCAGGUACAGAGGGAUCCACAUACCAAACGCACCUGUGGCGAAGGACACCGCCGCUGACGCCAGGGAUGAAAACACAUAGCUCCGACUAGACAUGAAGAAACACACGCACACGCAAAAUCAAACAGGCUUUCUCUUUGUGAGACGCAGCCACAAACAAAUAAUAAAAGGAUUCUGGAAGAUUACCUGGUUGGACAAGAUCAUUAUUAUCUCAGUGGAACACCACAAUUGUUUGUGUGAUCUCCGCUGUGCCAUCAGAGCUACGCCCUGGCUGAUCACCAAAGAUGGUGCCAGUGGGAGUGACAACAAGCCAACAACAGCUGCCAAACUGCUGAUAGAGAGCGAGAGAGGGAGAGAGAGAGAGAGGACGUACCAGUGGACACCAAUGACGGCUGGAGACAAAAUAGGAGCAGCUGACUUGGAUCCUGCAGCGUGUGGUCAGUGUUUUUUCAUAAGUGUGAGGGUGACCUGGCAGCAGAGAAAGCCUCAGCGCACACAACGCCCACUGCCUGUAAAACACCUACGUGGGCAGUUUGUGUUCCCAGGUGCACAAAAGCUGCCAGGACAGAGGGAGCGGGGAGGGAGAGAAGGCAGAGCCGGCCUGGCCUGCAGGUGCUCACAGAGGCAGGGAUUGUUCCCUCUGGAGACGGAAGUGGCUGGCUCCCCGUCUGCGCCCACCCGCUCUCACAGCUCUAGGCCCGGAGACCCAGCAUUCCUCAGGCCGGUGUGAGAAAGAGGUCGCCUGGGGAUCAGGGGCCAAGCGGAGAGUAUGAGCCAUGACAAGCCAGGACAGGCCAUGAAAA